UAUUAAUAAAUACAUGCCAAACAAUACUAGCCUUAUCUUCUCUAUUUCACUCCAAGCAACCUUGAAGAGCAAUUAUAUCGUUCUUUCACAUUAUUCAAAUACGAAUCCAAAAUGUCUGCUGCUUCUUCUUCAUUAAUCUCCAUUGCCAGUUCUUCAAAUGCAGCUUCUUCACUCUGCAACACCAAAGCUCUUCACCUACAAACUCCCACAAUCUCAAUCUCCAAAACCCGCUUCAAAACCCCAAAAUUUUCUUUCAAUCUCAAAACCCAUUGCUUGAAUUUCUACCCACUGCUUCGAUCCUCCCUCCGACGCCCGAAUUGUUCCCCAUCCAAUGAAGCAAUUCAAGUCGACGAAAACCCAGAAACAGAAGUAUCACUAAUUGAAGAAGAAUUAGAAAUCGACGAAGAUGACGAUGAUGAUGAAGAUGAAGAUGAAGAUGAAGAUGAUGAAGAAGAAGACGAAGAAGAAGAAGAAGAAGAAGAAUCGCCGGAAGCUGGGAGGCUUUACAUCGGAAACUUGCCAUACGCGAUUACUUCUGCAGAAUUGUCCCAAAUAUUCGGAGAAGCUGGCGAUGUAAUUUCCGUGGAGAUUGUUUACGAUAGGGUAACAGACAGGAGCAGGGGAUUCGCAUUUAUUACAAUGGCAAGUGUUCAAGAAGCUAAAGAAGCCAUUAGAAUGUUUAACGGAUCUCAAAUCGGUGGACGAACAGUGAAGGUAAACUUCCCGGAGGUGCCAAGGGGAGGUGAACGGGAAGUGAUGGGCCCAAAGAUUAGAAGCAGUAACAGAGAUUUUAUCGAAAGCCCACACAAGAUCUAUGUAGGUAACCUUAGCUGGAUCAUAACUUCUGAGAAGCUCAAAGAUACUUUUGAUGAACAACCUGGUUUUUUGAGCGCAAAGGUGAUCUACGAGAAACAAUCAGGGAAAUCUCGAGGUUUUGGGUUCGUCACUUUUAGCUCUCCUGAGGCUGCAGAGUCUGCACUUAACGCCAUGAAUGGACUGGAGGUUGAGGGUCGGCCUUUGCGACUGAACUUGGCAGAAGGAAAAGGAGACGUGUCUCGCUCAACAAGAGCAGGAAGAAGCUCUGAGAUCAAUGUCGAUGGGAGUGAGAUUCUUUCGAGUAUUAGCUCCUAAAUUUAGUCUGCAACAAAAAUAAGUAGUUAGAAGCUUUUAAAUAAAUCUUCGUUUGAAGGAGAGGGGGAGAGUUGUGCAAGAAAUCGGCAUUCGUACGCAUUUGGUAAUGUAUUCUAUAUAUAGUAUUUGAAGUAGUUAUUUAGUUUAUUAAUAUUUAACUAGUUGAGUUAUUAUUGGAGUUGAAGUUUUAGUGGUAUUUUUGUAAAGUUUUUUACAAAUUGUGAAAAUUAUUGGAGAGUUUUAACAAGGUUUUGAUGAUCGAAA